CGUUACACAUGCUUGCCUUCUCUUGGUCAGCCAGUCGAACGAAACUGCUCUCCCACGCCGAGUGGUUGCGGUGCCUUAUGGCCCGUUCGCUUCCGUAGAGAGAAGCAACGAGCUCGCCCUCAACCAUCAGCACUAGCUCUCCGUAGUGAGGAGGAAAUCCCUCGUGCAAGUUCUCUCUGCCUCUCGCUUUGUGUCGUCUGGCUCCCAGCAUGGUUCGCAUUCUUCGUGAUGCAUUGACAAUUUUCCCCGUACCAAACCAACCUGCCCUAACAUCGUCGUCGUCAUCAUCGUCGUCGAAUCGUUCCGUGCCAGCCAGUAGCUAGACGGCGAACAAUGUGAGCCUUUUUGGAACACCAACGUUUCAGUUGACUUCUCGCGGUCGUUCAAUGUGGACAAGUUUCCAGCUCCCGGUAAAGCUCGGCAUCACGGAUCUCAGUGGAAAGGAUCACAGUGUGUGGGUCCCAAAAGAGUCACAGGGGGCUUGUUUGCUGGAUUGGUGAUGAAAGUGCAUCUCAGUGUGGGGAGGACCAUCAGGAUCUUCGGGUGAGAGUUUCACGAGAGCAGCCAACAGCGGUGGUCUUAACUUGAGCUUGUGGAAAAUCCGUGUGAUCGCAUUAGUGCAGAGCAUCUCUGACACUGAUAAAUGAUGAGUGGAAAAUGAGUGAGGCUGUUGGGGUUUGUUGGCUUUGAUGUCGUAUCGAGAGUUACGUGUUGUUGGGGCCGUUGGAACAAGUUCCCGUGAAAGAAGAGAAUUUGAAAUUCGUUGUUGAUCCUGACUUGCUGUUUCUGUUGGAUGAUGGGACGUGCUCGUAUCGAAAAUUAUUAAUGAGAAAAAGUCUCUUGUGAAGGCUUAUGGAGAUUGGGCAGAAUAUUGUGAAUUAUGAAGUUUGUAUGAAUACACAUAAUAUUAUAUGCAAUGAAUGCAAGUUAAAAAAGUUGGAAAAUGUGCUACAAUUGAUGCAGACGUCUGAAUUGUAAUUAUCGUUAAUUGGAACAGUGGAUUAAGUGGAAGAAACAGUGCAAGUAAUCAGUGAACAACCGUUUUAUGCUAAUUAAUAAAGUUGUGGAAAAUUUCUUCCCUUCGUCAUCAUCGGCAGCGCAGUGAUAAUUAGUGAGCGUAAAAUUUUACGAGAUAAAAAAACGGAAAUCAGAAGAAAGUGAACCAAACGUGCAUCGUGGUGAGCUUGAAAAGCACCGCCGGAUCACCAUAGGAAGCUGAACGGGGAAAAAUAUCCCCCCGGAAAACACACCGACAACCGACAAUUGGAUUUACGGAAAGGAGCAUCAAAUAAAUCACUCCCCUUUCGAAUGGCAGCAGCAGCAACAGCAGCGAUUGCGACGGGAUAAAAGGACAAAAUAAUUUAUUCAUCGAUGUAACUGCUGGUGACACAAUCGGCUUCGGAGAGUGAUGAAGUACCCAUUUCAACAAGUGAAAAGCCCUUCGUUUUUAUGAAGUAAUAGGCAAUUAACAGCCAAAGCACUGAUGGCAUAGACGCGACACGUGAAACUGUGCUUAAAAUCGAUUUUUCAGUUCCCGAGUGUCACGCAAUGAGUGGUGAAUGCUACAUAUGAGUCUGUAUAGUUUGGAAUACUGAGAGCACGUAUCGAGAACACAUCAGCACCGGUGAAAAUGUGAUUAUUGUAUUGAAGAAACGGAUGGAAAACGACGAUCAUCGAAUAUUUAAAUCGAAUUUUGCCAGAAACAAGCCCGGGCUACAUUCCCCUAUUAAAUCAAUUACAAAUGCAACAUUUCGUGAAUUGAACUAAUUCUAUCCAAUUAUAAUUAUUCAAAUUUGAUGCGUGUUCAGUGCGAUCGCGUUCGGUUAACACGUGUGGAAUGCUUGCCAGAAAAACACGUUUGCGAGGAAUCCGACAUCAACCUCGUGCCGCGCGAGAGUACACAUAACCAUAUCAAGUGUUCGAAAAUGCGAGGCUCGCUAUUUUGAACAACCUCGCUCAACGGAAAAACAACCCUUCGCGUCGUGUCCUUCCGACCGGUAUCAAUUUCCCGCCAACCAACAUCUCGCGGUGAACAUGUUGCGGGCGCUCACCGUAUCGACACGGUGUUGUGAUGCCGGGCCAUUUGCCGGAAAGAAAAUGCGAUGCUAAUUGAAUUUAUGAAAUUCAUUUUCAUUAAACGUGAAUGAUGACGAGUGAUGCAAAUUGAAGAUUUUCGACACUCGAACCCUGCCGCUGCUAAUCUCGGUGAAGAGCCUGGAAAUUCCGUGUUCAUUAAAUCACUCGAAUCCCGAGCAUAUUUAGGUGAAAAGUGAAAGUGCUCCCCGACUAGGGAUUGCUACUUCUUUAUGAACGACUGCUGCUUAGCUGGAAGGUGAUAAUUGAGGAGGAGUUUUGUGGUUUUGUCGAUUUGUUGUCGGUCAAUCGAAUUAACUGAACGAAAUGGAUUACAAGCAUUUGAUUGUGCUCGUCUUGGCGCUGGCGACUCUCGUAAAAGACUGUGUUGGUCUUCAGCGUUUCGCCGAGCAGCCCAAGUACACCGAAGUGAACCCGGGCCAGGACGGUCUGCUGGUAUGCAAAGUGAUCGACAAGCGAGGCGUUUGCUCGUGGCAGAAGGACAAUAAGCCGGUGGGGAUUUAUCCGAAAAAGUACGAGUGGGCCAGCCAGUAUGGCAUCGGUCAAACCACGCACAUGGGCGGCGACUGUUCGCUCUGGGUCCGGGCGGCUCAGCUCGAGUUUGACGAUGGCCUGUGGGAGUGUCAGGUCACUGCGAGCGAUUUCACCACACAGGACGCCCUCACCAGCCAACCGGUUCGACUGGUCGUCAGAGUUCCACCGCAGCGACCGAGACUGGAACACGAAGGCGUCCAUGUUCCUCCCGGACACAACGUCACCGUAGACUCCGGUGCGAUGGCCACCGUAAAAUGUGUCUCGCACUACGGAAACCCUCCGGCGCAGUUGAAGUGGUUUCUAGGUGACCAGGAAAUAUCGCCUCUGCAUCCACAAACAAAUUCAACUGAGCCGGAUAAUCCGAGGACGUGGUCGGCGGCGUCCGUUGUACAAAUUCCGGCCAACAAGGACCGCCACGGUGCUAUUCUGAAAUGCCUUGCGCUCCACGAAUCGUACUCGGCCCGAUCGGUGGCCGUCGAAGCACGACUAGAUGUUAAGUAUGCACCCACGGUAAGAUUACUCGGAGCGCCCCAGAUCGAUCUGGAGGAAGGAAAGGAUUCCCUCAUCCUACGGUGCCAAGCGGAUGCCAAUCCCACGGCGAGCAUCGUAUGGCGACGGGCGGGCCGAUCCGAAAUAGCUAGCUUACAAGAAUCACUCCAACUGAGGCCCGUUGGCAGACGGGAUGCCGGUCUGUACACGUGCCAGGCGCAGAACUCCGUUGGCACCUCGGAAACCCUCUCCGUUCAAUUAGAUGUUAAAUAUGCCCCAAAGAUUUUAUCAGCCGGUCCCGAUCGAUUAACAACGGCGCCGCUGUUCAGUCCCGCUGCCUUCGAGUGCGUGGCGGAAGGGAACCCACAGCCCACCUACAAGUGGGUGCAAAGAAUCUCAACACAGGGAAAACCAUUCCUCGACAGAGGACGAGAGUCAAGACUGGUGAUAGAUAACGUAACGUACGACUAUCAAGGCGAGUACGAGUGCCGGGCGACCAACUUCAUCAAUGGCCAGGAAAGGACGGCCACAUCAGAUCCGAUUGCGCUGCAAGUAGUCGGUGCACCACAGGUACUGCGAUCGUCAUCAGCCGCCGCGGGCCACUCGGUGUCGGUUCGGAAAGGGGACUCGGCCACACUUUCACUAAUAGUUUGCGCUGACCCCCGGCCACGGCACGUAUCGUGGGAAUGGGGCUCGCUACGGCUGGAGGCUGGCUCGGGCAUAGGGCGCUUCCGGGUCGAUGACGUUACGCAGGAUAGUCGGGAGGACUGCUACCUGGCAACGUUGCACAUCGACGAUGCUGACUUGCAGGACCAGCGGCCGUACUACCUGGUGGUGGAAAACGACCGAGGCCACGACCGACAUGCGGUGAAUUUACGCGUCGAGGGCAUGUUUUCAGUGGAACCACUAGAAUUGAGUUACCUGCUCGGGAUCGCCGGUGGAUGCCUGGCGGCUUUUCUAAUCCUUGUUUGCCUGUGUAUCUACGCGAUACGGACGAGAAAGUGUUGUUUCAGAAAUCGAAACAACUACAAAACGUCAGAGAAAGACAGUGAAAAAGCGGACCUGAAGUCCCGCUCCGACAGCACCAGCGUCCCACCGCUCGAUUCCAUCUAUACGACCCCGACCGGAUUCCAUCAUCAUCACCACCCGAACGGAACACCCGGCUCGCCGGAGGCAAUGAAGACGAUGCCCGUUCUUCGGACAUUUGGCAAUCAUGUAGCCUAGCGGGAACGAAACUUGCCAAUCACAAGUAGUGGUCGUAGUAGCAGUGAUAGUGAUCAUCACGAUAUCUACUACUAUCACCAUCAACACGAUCGUCACUUCCAACACAGUCUUGAUAGUGAACACAAACACAAACACAAUCACUAUGCCACCUAUCACUAUUCCAAAUCCGGAAGCACAAAUCAAUCUAAAAAGUCCAAGACUAAGCACGAGAACCGAAAUGAAUACGAGUCUGCCCAGUACUACUACAACAACGCGAAUUCUAACCACAAGGGUAGAAAAUUGAGUUGCGAACUAGCGCCAGCCGAGAUCCAGAAUGUGCAAAAUUAUGAGAUAAAAAAGCAUAACAAAAGUAAAUCACAGUCACAAAUGCUGCUACUGCCAACUCCACCGCCUCCUCCCCUUCCACCCCUGCCGCUGCGGGAUUCCAACCCCUCCAACACUUCCUCGCCAUCAACAUCCCAACUCCAAAUACCAGCGGACAUGGCAGAUCCUUUGCCACCUCCUUUGCCACCAAUGCAAACCACAGCGAAUGCAAAUAAAUCACACCAACCACAACAGCAACAUGCUAAAAAACACAGUCAGAAACAGCAGCAGCAACUACAGUCACCAUUAAAUAACACUGCUUUCAGUAAUAACAACAGCAGUGCCAACAAUAAAAAUAGUUAGCUUCCAAACAAGCAGCAACAGUCAU